AUGUUAGGCUUUCUGCAGAAGGUCUUCUACCCGGGUGUGGUUCCCGUAUUGCAAGCGAAGGUGCUGGCGCUUCCGCUUCCAGAGAAAGCCAAAGCAGUACUAGCUCACCCCGCCGGCCCCUUCACGAUUCACUUCUACGCACCGACUUUCAAGUGGGGAAUUUCCAUAGCGAAUUUGGCGGAUAUAAACCGUCCUACUGACAAGCUAUCGCUACCGCAGCAGCUAGCCGUGAGCUGCACCGGCAUAAUCUGGUCGCGAUACAGUACCGUGAUUACCCCCGUUAACUACAACCUUCUGGCAGUUAACGCUGCGAUGGCUGUCACUGGUGUAUACCAGAUAUCACGUAUCUGCCGCGACAGGCUGUCAUCUGGCAAGCCGCUAUUCUAG